GCCGCCCCCGGCGCGGCUCGGAGCAUCCUCCCUCCGCCCAGUUCGGUGCCAGCUGCGUGGGCUCCAGCUCUGGCGUUUUCCUUGGAAUGCUCCACAACUCGGCGGCGACGGAGGAAACCCCGCUGCAAUCGGCCGGGCGUGCUGUCCCCGGCGGAGCACCCGCGCCACGCGUCCUGGGACCGGCCUCGCCUCGGCCCGGAGCCUGCCAACUUUGCAGAGACAAGGAAGUAGCAUGGCAUGAAACAUGGCUCAGUUCUAUUACAAAAGGAAUGUGAAUGCCCCCUACAGAGAUCGCAUCCCUCUAAGGAUAGUCCGAGCAGAAUCGGAACUCUCUCCAUCAGAAAAAGCCUACUUAAAUGCGGUGGAAAAGGGAGAUUAUGCAAGUGUCAAGAAAUCUCUGGAGGAAGCUGAAAUUUAUUUUAAAAUCAACAUUAAUUGCAUUGAUCCUCUUGGAAGAACUGCUCUCCUCAUUGCAAUUGAAAAUGAGAACUUGGAGCUCAUUGAACUGCUUUUAAGCUUCAAUGUCUACGUUGGAGAUGCUCUGUUGCAUGCUAUCAGGAAAGAAGUCGUCGGAGCUGUUGAACUGUUACUGAACCACAAAAAGCCCAGUGGAGAAAAACAGGUGCCUCCCAUACUCCUUGAUAAGCAGUUUUCUGAAUUCACUCCAGACAUUACACCAAUCAUUUUGGCAGCCCAUACAAAUAAUUACGAGAUAAUAAAGCUUUUAGUUCAGAAAGGAGUCUCUGUGCCCAGACCCCAUGAGGUCCGCUGUAACUGUGUGGAAUGCGUGUCCAGCUCGGACGUGGACAGCCUCCGCCACUCACGCUCCAGACUCAACAUCUACAAGGCCUUGGCCAGCCCCUCGCUCAUUGCACUAUCAAGUGAAGACCCUUUUCUCACAGCCUUUCAGCUAAGUUGGGAGCUUCAGGAACUGAGUAAAGUAGAAAACGAAUUCAAGUCGGAAUAUGAGGAGCUGUCCCGACAGUGCAAACAGUUUGCUAAGGACCUACUGGAUCAGACAAGGAGUUCCAGAGAACUGGAAAUCAUUCUCAAUUACAGAGAUGACAGUAGUCUCAUAGAAGAACAAAGUGGAAAUGAUCUCGCAAGACUCAAAUUGGCCAUAAAGUACCGUCAAAAAGAGUUUGUUGCUCAACCCAAUUGUCAACAACUGCUUGCGUCUCGCUGGUACGAUGAGUUCCCAGGCUGGAGGAGACGACACUGGGCGGUGAAGAUGGUGACAUGUUUCAUAAUAGGACUUCUUUUUCCCGUCUUCUCUGUGUGCUACCUUAUAGCUCCUAAAAGCCCACUGGGACUGUUCAUCAGAAAGCCAUUUAUCAAGUUCAUCUGCCAUACAGCGUCCUAUUUGACUUUUUUGUUCCUGCUGCUGCUUGCCUCUCAGCACAUCGACAGGUCAGACUUGAACAGGCAAGGUCCACCACCAACCAUCGUCGAGUGGAUGAUAUUACCGUGGGUCCUGGGUUUUAUAUGGGGAGAAAUUAAGCAAAUGUGGGAUGGUGGACUUCAAGAUUACAUCCAUGAUUGGUGGAAUCUAAUGGAUUUUGUGAUGAAUUCCUUAUAUUUGGCAACAAUCUCUUUGAAAAUUGUUGCGUUUGUAAAGUACAGCGCACUUAAUCCACGGGAAUCUUGGGACAUGUGGCAUCCCACGCUGGUGGCUGAAGCUUUAUUCGCCAUCGCAAACAUCUUCAGUUCCUUGCGCCUGAUCUCGCUGUUUACGGCAAAUUCUCACCUGGGGCCUCUGCAAAUAUCUCUGGGAAGAAUGCUCCUAGACAUUUUGAAGUUUCUAUUCAUAUACUGCCUAGUGUUGCUAGCGUUUGCAAAUGGCCUAAAUCAAUUGUAUUUCUAUUACGAAGAAACAAAAGGGUUAAGCUGUAAAGGCAUACGAUGUGAAAAGCAGAAUAAUGCAUUUUCAACGUUGUUUGAGACACUCCAGUCCCUGUUUUGGUCAAUUUUUGGGCUGAUCAAUUUAUAUGUGACCAAUGUCAAAGCACAGCAUGAAUUCACAGAGUUUGUUGGUGCCACCAUGUUUGGGACGUACAAUGUCAUCUCUCUGGUUGUCCUACUCAACAUGUUAAUAGCUAUGAUGAAUAAUUCUUACCAACUCAUUGCAGACCAUGCGGAUAUAGAAUGGAAAUUUGCUCGAACAAAGCUUUGGAUGAGUUAUUUCGAAGAAGGAGGUACUCUACCAACACCUUUCAAUGUCAUCCCGAGCCCCAAGUCUCUCUGGUACCUAAUCAAAUGGAUCUGGACACACUUGUGCAAGAAAAAGAUGAGAAGAAAGCCUGAAAGUUUUGGAACAAUAGGGGUAAGAACACAGCAUAGGCGGGCUGCUGAUAAUUUGAGGAGACAUCACCAAUAUCAAGAGGUCAUGAGGAACCUGGUGAAGCGAUACGUUGCUGCAAUGAUCAGAGAUGCCAAAACUGAAGAAGGUUUGACAGAAGAGAACUUUAAGGAACUAAAGCAAGACAUUUCCAGUUUCCGCUUUGAAGUCCUGGGUUUACUACGAGGAAGCAAAUUCUCGACGGUACAGUCAGCUCAGGCUUCGAAGGAGCCCUCCAAUUCCGCCGACUCCGAUGAAAAGAGUGAUAAUGAAGGUAGUAGCAAGGACAAGAGAAAGAACUUCAGCCUGUUUGAUUUAACCACUCUGAUUCACCCCCGAUCAGCAGCAAUUGCCUCCGAAAGACACAACAUCAGCAAUGGCUCUGCCCUGGUGGUGCAAGAGCCCCCCAGGGAGAAGCAGAGAAAAGUGAAUUUUGUGACCGAUAUAAAAAAUUUUGGGUUGUUUCAUAGACGAUCAAAACAAAACGCUGCUGAGCAAAAUGCAAACCAAAUCUUUUCUGUUUCAGAAGAAGUUACUCGUCAACAGGCCGAAAGACCACUGGAGAGAAAUAUUCAACUGGAAUCCCGAGGAUUGGCUUCACGGGGUGACUUGAACAUCCCUGGUCUCAGUGAACAAUGUAUAUUAGUGGACCAUCGAGAAAGGAAUACGGACUGCCUGGGUUUACAGGUGGGCAAGAGAGUGUGUUCCUUCAAGUCAGAGAAGGUGGUGGUGGAGGACACUGUUCCCAUAAUACCAAAGGAGAAGCAUGCAAAGGAAGAGGACUCUAGUAUAGACUAUGAUGUGAACCUCACAGACACAGUCACCCAUGAAGAUUAUGUGACCACAAGACUGUGAUACUUGAAGGCAGAAGCAUGGGUUAUAUGUAUACAUAUUUGCCAUAGUGCUCUGGGUAGGGGGAGAUGUUUGAAGUAAACUAGCAAACGCUAACUUCCACUUUAUAGCAUUUAUCAACUGUGGCAUAUUAACGUGUAACAUGUUUAAAUAAGGCAAAGGCUAUCAAAAACCCUGGUUUUGUAGCCAGCUUUUGCUUUCACAAUUUGUUUUACCAUUUUUUGUUGUUGUUGUUGAUAAAUAAACCUUGUAUUCUUGUACUGUUGCAAUAAUCCACAGGAAGUUUUUAGCUCUCUUUCUCAACUAAAACAAAUGCAACUUAUUUCAUGUGGUAGUGGACUCCUAUCAUAGAUACUUUUAUGUGCAAAAAAAUGAUGGAGCUGAGAUAUUAGAGCUUUUCAUAAUUUUUUAAGCUCUCUAGAGAUGGUUCCUCAUCAAGGGCUUUUCGGUAGCCCUACAGUUUGGCUUUAAUACACAAUAUUCCCAAAUUAUUUCUUCACAUAUAAAAUAAUUACAAAUUAAAGCAAGCAAGCCUUCUUCUCAUGGAGUCAUGAUCAAACUCCCUCUCAAAAUGAAAGUCAAAUGCACUUGGAGUUUUAGGUUGCCCAGUUUUUCCUUUCAGUAAGUAAAAUAAAUGUCUGUCUUAAUAAAUAUUGAUGAUUGAUUAUUUUUAAUGAGAUUUGGUCAUGACAAAAGUUUUAUUUAAGUUUUUUUUAAUGACCUUUUUUACGUUCAAAUGCUGGUCAGUACAAAUACCAGGCUUGGUGAAUAACAGAAUUUCAAAAUGUGGCAAACGUUCUCAGCACUAGAAAAGAAUAACAAUGAAUUAGAAUAGUUAAUGCACCUCCAAUGAAGCCAGAUGAUUGCAUUCUCAUAAUAUCCAGAUGAAAAUAAAUUCAUCCUAAAGCCUAAAUCUAAGCAAAGUUAUUUUCAAUCAGUGUGACAUUGUUGCCAAUUCAAAAUAAGUACAAACACCUAAUAGUUUCCUCAUCUUCUGCCCAGUGACUGGUACAUAUUUUAUUUAUUUAUUUAUUUAUUUUUAUUUAUGAUAGUCACAGAGAGAGAGAGAGAGAGGCAGAGACAUAGGCAGAGGGAGAAGCAGGCUCCAUGCACCGGGACCCCGACGUGGGA